AUGGUGAUCAGUGGAAAUGCAGGAAUGGGAAAAUCUGUCAUCUCAGCCGUGAUUUGUAAGCGAAUGCAAGAGACUGGCAGACUAUCAGGAAGUUGCUUUUGUCAGUAUAACAAUGUACGCUACUCGAAACCUCAGUUGAUGAUUCAGUCACUUUCUCGUCACUUAUCUCAUGCCCUGCCAGAGUACAAGCACGUUCUAGCAGAACAGCUGUCAAGAAAUCUGGGUACAGAUCUCAACAAUAUGGGUGUGGAGGAGUUGUUUGCGUUGCUUUUCAAGAAACCUCUCAGUGCUGUAGGUGAUCCAGGAAGAAACAUGCUCAUGGUGAUAGAUGGCUUGGAUGAAAGCGAAUAUCAAGGACAGAAUGAACUUCUUGAUGUGAUUGCAAAUCAGUUUUGCAAGCUUCCUAUUUGGAUUCGCUUUCUCGUCACGACGCGUCCAGCCUUACACAUUGCAGAGAAACUAAAACAUUUAAAGCCGCUUGAACUAAGAUCUAAUGAUGCAGAGAAUAUAGAAGACGUCAGAGUAUUUUGCCUAAAAAGACUUCAACGCGUGGUCAAACUAGAGAAUAUGAGUGAGUUCAUAGAGCAACUAGUGUUGAAAUCUGAAGGACUGAUGCUGUACGCUCAUUUUCUCGUAUUGGCGGUUACGGAAAAUCCAUCAAUUUUCCACGAGGGAGACCUUGUCGGCAGUUCACCCUCAGGAAUUUCUGUCGUGUAUCAUUCCUAUUUUAAACGUUGGAACGUGAACUUUUUAUUGAAUUCAACAUAA